CCAAAUUCCGCCAUCAUCGACACAGGAACGCCGUGAAGAUUUGCGGUUCCCCCACGCCUCUCCACGACGCCUCCACGCCUUUUCCCCGCUCUUGACCAUACCUUAAAUAACAAGUUAAUUCCGGGAGAUCGAGGCGAUGGCUGUAGAGACGAAAUCAAAACCUCCACCAGUACUAGGUACUCUUCUCGAUAGACCUUGGGUUAAAAUGACCGUUGCAUCUGUUCUCGUGGCUGCCCUGGCGGUUCUAGGACCGUCCCUGUUGUCUCAAGUUGAAAGCAGCAAGCUUCCUGCUCAGGCUCAAGUCAUUGACCAAAGAGCUUUCAAUGUUCUCAAUAAGACUCAGCCUCCAGCCGAAUUCAAUGCAGAUAAUAUUUUCGUACCCCCAGGACACUCGGAAGAUAGUCUGACCAAGCGACCAUUCCAUGUCUAUGACGACGAGUUUCUGAAAAUCAUUGGCGACAAUCCUACUCUGACUCGCAUUGCACACUCGCCAAAGGACCCUCUGUUCCAUGAGGCUGUCGUAUGGUCGCGAGAAACAGACGAAGUUUUCUUUGUCCAGAAUGCAGGUGCUAAAAAUGCCAGCACCGGUCUACACAAGUCGGCCAUCAUCGAGAAGAUUUCCCUCAAGGACGCAGCUGCCGUCUCCAAUAAGAGCGAUGCCGCUGGGCUUGUCAAUGUCACAACGGUACCCUCGUCGCCGAUGGUGAUUAACCCUAAUGGCGCCACCAACUAUCGGGGACAGAUCAUCCUCACCGGUGAGGGCCAAGGGAAUGAUACCCCUCCUGCAUUAUGGGUUAUGAACCCGCAAAAGCCCUACAACACGACUGUCAUUUUGAACAACUACUUCGGUCGCCAGUUCAACUCUUUGAACGACGUGGCAAUUCAUCCGAAGAACAAAGAUAUCUACUUCACCGACACUAUCUAUGGCUACGUGCAGGAUUUCCGCCCCGCUCCAGGUCUACAGGACCAAAUCUAUCGAUUGAACCCCGAUACCGGUGCUGUGACCGUCGUUGCAGAUCGAUUUGACCAUCCCAAUGGUUUGACCUUCUCGCCCAAUGGCGAGUACGCGUAUGUCACUGAUACUGGCAUCAAUUAUGGUUUCUACGGAAUGAACUUUACUCGUUCCGCUUCAAUCUAUCGCUUCGAUGUGAAGACUGAUGGUACUCUGGAUAACCGCAAGGUCUUCGCCUUUGUUAGCCCCGGUGCACCGGAUGGUGUUCACUGUGACUCCCAGGGCAACGUGUAUGCCGGAUGUGGCGACGGCGUCCAAGUCUGGAAUCCCUCGGGCAAGCUCAUUGGUAAGAUCUAUCUGGGAGCUACAUCGGCAAACUUCAACUUUGCUGGGAAGGGGCGAAUGGUUAUCGGUGCGGAGACGGAUCUUUACUAUGUUACAUUGGCUGCUGAGGGGAGCUUUGUUGAGAGUGAGAUGUAGGAUGGAGAUUGUGUAGCAGGAUCGUUGGGAAGUAUAUAAGACCUAGCCUGAGUUUCCAUUCUUCAUUCUAUUCAGAAGCUUUCUCCUCGCGUCUCUUCUUUGUUCUCCAUGCUGAUAUGGUUUUGCAUUCUCUCGCCUCGUGACUUUACUUUACAGUUGCACUUUGUUCCAGAUAUCCGAAUGGUUCUACUCGCUUUUUUGGAAAAUCAGACACGAUGACUGUCAAUCAAACUUCUAGUAAAU